CCUAUCAGUCCCUGUCAGUCUCUGUCUAUGUUUGUUUUAUAGGCAUAGUUUAUAGGUUUGUUUAUAAUUUUGCAAAAUGCUUUUUUAUUCUAAUUUAUAAUUGUUUAAAAUGCCCGUUGACAAUAGAAGAAUCACUGUUCCAGAAAAUACAACUUGUUAUAAUUUAUUUACUAAGUCUAAAAGUUUCAAAAAUAGAUGCGAGCAUUUUAUAAAUACUUCUGGGAAAAGGCCCGAUGGACGAAAAGCAGAGGAGCAUCGUAAAAUUUUUUUACAAAUGAAUGUUGUUACUCAAGCUAAAGGAUCUGCAUAUAUAGAAGUUGGGAAAACUAAAGUAAUAGUAUCAGUUUUUGAUCCUCGUGGAAUACCUAACAACAGCGACUAUAAACAGAAUGGAGAGUUGUACUGUGAAUUUAAAUAUGCUCCGUUUAGUUGUACCAAGCGUCGCUUACAUCAGCAAGAUUCAGAAGAAAAACAAAAAAGUUUAAUUAUGAAGAGAUCAUUGGAAUCUGCUGUUUGUAGACAUGAAUUUCCUAAUUUUCAAGUAGAUAUAUACGCCUUAGUUUUGGAAAAUGAUGGUUCAACAUUAAGUGCUGCUAUUACAGCAGCAGGCAUUGCUUUAGCUCAAGCAGGAAUUCCCAUGUAUGAUAUUAUAACUGCAGCAGAAUUUGGAUACCAAGAUGGUACUUACGUUCUGGAUCCAACUUCGCAGGAAGAACGAAUUUGUAGUGUUACAAUGCAGGAAAAUAAUGAUAGUGCAAAUGAAUUUAAACCUCAAGGUAUAAUUAUUUUGUCAAUGUUAUUAACUCAUCAACAGGUAUCAGGUUUUCAUGCAAAUGGAAAUUUAAGAUUAAGUGAUGUAAAUAAUAGUUUUGAUGUUAUUAGUCGAGCAACAGCAGAUAUUGCUAAUCUUGUCAAAAAAAAUCUGGUAAAACAAGUUAUAAAAAAUGUUCAAGAAAAUGCAAUUAAAAAGUAACACCUAUUAA